AUGUCUGACGAAAUACAUUUCCCGAUCGGUUUUGGGCUUAAAGAUCUCGUUGCCUGGGGAAAUACCGGCAUGAUCCUCUUGGACAAGUCCACCACUCCUAAUACGGUGAUCAAGACUCCCCACGAUAGCGACUCCUCCAGCUCCAUUACUAGGGAGCAGCAAAUUUACGAGCGCUGCCACCAACGUGGUGGCCACAAGGGCAUCUUACGCUAUUAUGGGACCUUCGAGUCAGCGAUCCGCCUAGAGUACGCUCCUCGCAGCAACCUCCGAUCGUACCUUAGCAAGCACGCCGUCGAUACAAGUGUGAAGGUUCGCUGGGCGGUUCAAAUUGCCGAGGCCCUUGAGUUUGCUCACCAAUCGGGUGUUAUUCAUGGAGACAUUAACGGCUACAACGUGUUUCUCAACGAGAGUCUCGACGCGAAGCUCGGGGACUAUGCUGGAUCUUCGCUCGACGGCUCUCCACUGCUUAUUUCCGUGACGCCGAGUCAUGGGUGUCCUAGAUCUACGCUGUCUGUCGAAGGAGAUCUCUUCGCACUCGGCUCCGUCCUUUAUGAGCUGAUGAGUGGGAGUCCUCCAUACGCCGGGUUGUCGGACGAAGAGAUUUUUGCGUGCUAUGCGAAGGGUGAAUUUCCGGACACCAAGUCUUUGGGGUUACUUGGCAGCAUUAUUACGAGGUGCUGGCAAGGCCAAUAUAAGGAAUGUGGACAAGUUAUUUGUGACUUGAAAGGACAUACUCUAAACUAA